CUUUCUGGAGUGCAGCGCUUGACUCGUGCUCCCUCCUCCUCCUCCCCCCUCCCUCCCUCUCUCACUCUCGCUCGCUCUCUCUUCGCUCUCCCUCUUUCUCUCUCUCCCUCUCUUUCUGUGUGUAUGUAGCGCAGGCGGCUCUGGUGCUGCAGCUUCAGGGAAGAGCUACUGAGAGAGGCUUCAGCAGCUCCCACCACUUUGGGCAAACUUGCCGGUUUACUGCUUCUUUUUUCUUUUUUUUUUUUUUUUUUUUCCUUCCGAGUGGGAAGCUUCUCAGUUGCCAUUCAACAUUUUAAAGCACAAGCCGCUCUGCCGUGAAAGCGCCUGAGCCACACUUCUCUGAAAGACAUAGGAAGGAAUACACAAUUGCAGAUUUCACCCACUGUGGCGGUGCAGAUCACAGGAAACAACUGACUGAUAUAAUUUUAUUUGCAAAUAGAACUCUGUAAUUUUUUUUAAUCGCGUCGCGGAUCUUUUCCCCUCCCCUUUGCCAUUCCGCUUAUAUGGAUGUAAUUCAGAAUCUGUGUUAAUUCACGUGGGGGAUCCAGUUACAUCUUGUUCCGCUCCGGGUAUAUUUACGAGAGACCAAUAAUCGCCUUUGGACCCAUAGUUUUGUUGCUAACCUUUGAACUGAAAGGAUCAAGUUCAGAUCUGGUUACCUGCAUUGGGACGGGAAGGAAGAGGAGAGAGAGAGAGAGACAGACUGCAAUCUCAUUUGUGAAUCGCUCGCAGUGCUGCAGAUCCAGAUUGCUACAACACAUGCAGUGCAAAUGCAGGUAAGGCACACACACAAACUGCGGAUGCAAACCAAACUUGGGACUGUUGUGUGUGUAUGUUCGUGUCUACAGCCUUGCAAAUUCUGGGCAAACGGCUUCCGCAGUUUCUGUAUCGUUGCUUUGUGACUAAUGACCUUGCGCAGAGUUGUUAAAAAAAAAUCCGCUCCGGAGAAAGAGCUGAACAUUUUAGGCGAUCUCUGAAGAUGGAUUUGGGUGCUUUUUUGCCAACCAAAAGGGAUAUUCUGUGGACUGCUCUGUAAUACACGGGGUUCUUCUCCUAUCAGCUGUGCAGCUAGCAACAUUAUUGGGAUUUCUAUUUUUUAUUUACUUUUUUUUUUUUUUUUUAAAAAACUGCCUAUUGCUAAGAGGAUUUGGAGUUUUCUCGGACACAAGCCCUUUGAAUAAAGCGAAUCACAUUUUUUUUCCUAUGUGUGCAGAGAGGGGGAAGAAUAAAGCUAAUGCCUUGGUCGUAAACGGCUGAGAGAGAGAGAGAGAGAAAGAGAGAGGAGAGAGAGUGUGAAUCGUAGUUAACUCUAGUGUCGAAGAAGACGACCUGGGGGGCUUCGAAUCGCAUAGUGCUUCUCCUGCUUUUAUUGCAAACCUUGCAAAGUGAUUACAGUAAAAUCAGAGAGGAGGAGGAGAAGGGGGAGGAGGAGGAAAAACCCAUCCUGUCUACCGAGAUGAAUCUUUAAAAAGCAAAAUACACUGUCCCAUGAACUGUAAGUAUAUCACCACUGGAAGGCAGGGAGAGCAGCAGAGGAGCCAGCAGCAGGGUUUUGACCACCAAUUGCGCCAGCCAUGAGACAAUAAGUUUCCAGGAACAGAAGGAUUUUAUAAUUGAUCACCCGGAAGCUCAGCCGCUCUGUUGGCUUAUCAGGGGAGUUUAUUUGGGGGCAGGUGGGAGUGAGAGGAGCGGGGGUUUCGGUGCCAGUAAAAUGAGGAAGAUGCGGACUCUCCUUGGCUUUGUGCAUUGCUGCUGCUGCUGCUGCUUCUUGCUCCUCCUGCCUCCGCCGCUCUGGGUCAGCCUGGCAGCGGCCAAGCAGCUCCUGAGGUACCGGCUGGCCGAGGAAGGACCCGCCGACAUCCGCAUCGGCAACGUGGCUUCCGACCUGGGAAUCGUGACGGGCUCCGGAGAGGUGACAUUCAGCCUGGAAUCGGGCUCUGACUAUCUGAAGAUCGAUAACAUGACCGGGGAGCUGAGCACCACAGAGCGGCGCAUCGACCGAGAGAAGCUGCCGCAGUGCCAGAUGAUCUUCGACGAGAACGAGUGCUUCCUGGACUUCGAGGUGUCGGUCAUCGGCCCCUCGCAGAGCUGGGUGGACCUUUUCGAGGGCCGGGUCAUCAUCCUGGACAUCAACGACAACACCCCCACCUUCCCUUCCCCUGUCCUCACGCUUACCGUGGAGGAAAACCGGCCUGUGGGGACUCUCUACCUACUCCCCACAGCCACCGACAGGGACUUCGGCCGCAAUGGCAUCGAGCGCUAUGAACUGCUGCAGGAACCUGGCGGGGACGGCGGCCGCCGCUCUGGCGGGGGCGGCGGGGGGGCUUCGGUCUCGGGGGCUUCCGAGAGCGCCCUCUACCCCAGCGGCAGCAAGCGGCGGCAGGAGGCGGACGCGGCAGCUCGCAGCAGCGUCUUCGAGCUGCAGGUGGCCGACACUCUCGACGGGGAGAAGCAGCCGCAGCUGAUCGUCAAGGGGGCGCUGGAUCGGGAGCAGCGGGACUCCUACGAGCUCAGCCUCCGCGUACGGGACGGCGGUGACCCGGCGCGGUCCUCACAAGCUAUCCUGAGAGUGCUAAUCACCGACGUGAACGACAACAGCCCCCGCUUCGAAAAGAGUGUCUACGAGGCAGACCUGGCAGAGAACAGCAGCCCCGGGACCCCCAUCCUGCAGCUGCGAGCCGCCGACCUGGACGUAGGGGUGAACGGGCAGAUCGAGUACGUCUUCGGGGCGGCCACUGAGUCUGUCAGGCGCCUGCUGCGGCUGGACGAGACCUCCGGCUGGCUCAGCGUCUUGCACCGCAUCGACCGUGAAGAGGUGAACCAGCUUCGCUUCACUGUCAUGGCCCGAGAUCGGGGCCAGCCCCCCAAGACAGACAAGGCCACGGUCGUGCUGAACAUCCGUGAUGAGAACGACAACGUGCCUACCAUUGACAUCCGUAAAAUUGGACGCAUCCCGCUCCGGGAUGGGGUGGCUAGUGUGGCUGAGGAUGUGCUGGUGGAUACCCCAAUUGCUCUGGUGCAGGUUUCAGACCGGGACCAAGGUGAAAAUGGUGUGGUGACCUGCACCGUAGUGGGAGAUGUGCCCUUCCAGCUUAAGCCAGCCAGUGAGGGCGAAGGGGAGCCACAGAACAAGCGCAAGUAUUUCCUGCACACCUCGGCCCCUCUGGACUACGAGGCUGUACGUGACUACAAUGUGGUGAUUGUGGCUGUGGACUCGGGCAGCCCCAGCUUGUCCAGCAACAACUCCUUGCUGGUGCGGGUUGGAGACACUAAUGACAACCCUCCCGUGUUCAGUCAGGCUGUGCUGGAGGUGUCCUUCCCAGAGAACAACUUGCCUGGUGAGAGGGUGGCCACAGUGGUUGCCACAGAUGCAGACAGUGGCAAGAAUGCUGAGAUCACCUACUCCCUGGAGGCCUCGCCCCUCUCCUCUGAGGCGCCAGGUGGCAUCUUCAGCAUUGACCCUGACUCCGGGGACGUGUCGGUAUUGGCAGUGCUGGACCGUGAGCAACGUGACACCUAUGAAUUUCAGGUGACGGCCCGGGACAAGGGGGUGCCAUCACUACAGGGCUCCACCACUGUGGUGGUGCGGGUGGCAGAUCGCAAUGACAAUGAGCCACGCUUCAUGCAGGAUGUGUUCACUUUCUAUGUGAAGGAGAACCUACAGCCCAACAGUCCUGUGGGCAUGGUGACUGUGAUGGACUUCGACAAGGGCCACAAUGCAGAACUCAGCCUCUCCAUCCAGCCCAGUGACCAUGACCAGGCAGCCAGCAUCUUCUCCAUUGAGAAUGACACUGGAACUAUUUUCUCCACUGUCUCCUUUGACCGGGAGCAGCAGACCAGUUACACUUUUAAAGUGAAGGCAGUGGAUGGAGGUGAGCCGCCACGCUCUGCCACAGCCACUGUGUCCCUCUUCGUGAUGGAUGAGAAUGACAAUGCGCCUACAGUCACCUUCCCCAGCAACAGCUCCUACACUGUGCUGCCACCCUCUAGCAACAUGCGCACUGUGGUGGCCACAGUGGUCGCCACCGAUGCUGACACUGGUCUCAACGCUGACCUCAACUACAGCAUAGUUGGGGGCAACCCCUUCAAACUCUUUGAGAUCGACCCAGCCAGCGGCGUGGUGUCACUAGUGGGCAAGCUGGCCCCCAAGCACUACGGCCUGCACCGCCUUGUGGUGCAGGUGAAUGACAGUGGGCAGCCGCCCCAGUCCACCACUGCCCUGCUCCAUGUCUUUGUCAACGAGAGCCUGUCUAAUGCCACAGUGGUGGAAAGUCAGGUGGCCCGCAGUCUCCACACGCCCCUUGCCCAGGAUAUUGCUGGUGACCCCAGCUAUGAGCUGAGCAAACAGCGGCUUAGCAUAGUCAUUGGUGUGGUGGCAGGCAUCAUGACUGUCAUCCUCCUCAUCCUGGUGGUGGUCAUGGCCCGCUACUGCCGCUCCAAGGGCAAACAUGGCUACGAGGCUGGCAAGAAGGACCAUGAGGAUUUCUUCACCCCACAGCAGCAUGACAAGGCCAAGAAGCCCAAGAAGGACAAGAAAGGCAAGAAGGGCAAGCAGCCCCUCUACAGCAGCAUUGUCACUGUCGAGGCUUCCAAGCCCAAUGGGCAGCGCUAUGACAGUGUCAAUGAGAAGCUCUCGGACAGCCCUGGUAUGGGGCGGUACCGCUCAGUCAAUGGUGGCCCUGGCAGCCCUGACCUCGCCAGGCACUACAAGUCGAGCUCGCCGCUGCCCACUGUCCAGCUGCACCCACAGUCCCCCACGGCCGGCAAAAAGCACCAGGCAGUGCAGGACCUGCCCCCGGCCAACACCUUCGUGGGCGCCGGUGACAACAUCUCCAUCGGGUCGGACCACUGCUCCGAAUACAGCUGCCAGGCCAGCAACAAGUACAGCAAGCAGCCAUUUCGUAGAGUGACGUUUUCUGUUGUGAGUCAGCCUCAGGACCCACAUCAAGGGUCAUUGCAGAGUUGCUAUGACAGCGGUCUGGAGGAGUCAGAAACACCAAGCAGUAAGAGUUCAUCAGGGCCAAGACUGGGUGCCCUUCCACUCCCAGAGGACAACUACGAAAGGACUACGCCGGAUGGCAGUGUUGGUGAGGCAGAGCAUAUGGAAAAUGGUGCAAAAUAGCCACUGAAGGUCAGGACUUUGAUUGAUGGCCCACCUGAUGAAAAUGAAGAGAUACAAUGAAGAACAGGGAGACCCCAGACUAUAAUUUUGCAAUCGGCCCAGAGUGAUGCACAGCAGGGGUGGGAGCUUGGAUUGUGGAGGUAUAAUUGUCCAAGGCUUUUUUCCAUUGAGGGUCCUACUUCAGGAGGCACUCAGAUCAAGCUGUUCUAUGCUAUAUUUUGUGAAUAAAUUAUUUUAGAAAAAUUUCUGGAGUCCAUGCCUGAGUCUCUGCCGUGUGAAACUUAGGGAAAGGAAACUUCCUUAACACCCACAGUAUCUAGAGAUGGUGUCUACUUGUAACCCACCAUGUCCUGUGAGUCACAGGUGGAGGUCAUGGGACUGUGUGAAUAUGCACAUAUCAUUAAGGCUUUGGGGACUUUGCUGAGGAAGAGUGUCCACAGAUUUGUGAUAAUUUAUUAGUAUUUUGUAAGAGUCUAACUAUUGACAUAUGUGAUGUAUUGAUCCUCAAUGUACAGUUCCAUGACUGCUAGUUAAUCACGUAUUGUUAAAAAACCAACCAAACAACAACAACAAAAAAACACACCAAAAAAACCCACCAAACCCAAAAAUCAAUAAACUGCUCUGAUUCUUAUUUGGUCCCAUGUGUUAUUAUUUCUUGAAGUUAACAAUUUUGUCUAAACAAGGUAGCUUUGAAUAAGCAAUGCAUGACAUGAGUGUAUAUAUUUCAUUGUAGUUUGUUUGUUUUUUUAAGUUUUCAAAAGCUGUUAGACUUGUGAACUUGCCAUUAAAUUAAGACAUUGACAAACGAGUGUUACACCUGCUUACAUCUCUUAAUUUGGACUAAUGUUAGCAAGGUUAAAUCAAUAGACAGAGAAAAAAGAAAAAAACAAAAAAACAACACCAAAACCAACAAAAAACACCACAAAACAAACAAAAAAUCAAAAAUAAAACAAACAAAACCCACCACCACCAACAAAACAAAACACAAAAACCCCAAAAUACAAUGGACCCUUUUAUUUAGACUACAGAUUUAAAGUAAUUUGCCUAGAUAAGAACAAAAGCUAUCUAAAGUAAGAAGCUAAGAGCAUGCUUUCUACCAGCAAGAUAGCUGCAAUUUCUGAAGCAUUCUCAAGACUAAUACAGCUUAAGUAUUAAUUACUAAGAAUAAGAAGUAAUUGGUAAAUCUAGACUCCAGUGAAUUGAGACAUUUGUAUGAAGCUGUAAGACACCAUUGCAAAGUCAUCCCCAGAGGUAACUAAGUGCCCGCACUUGAACAGCAACUUACUAGAUUAUGAUGAGAGGUGCUUAUGUUUCAGGAGGUUAAUCUCCAUUUAUUAGCUCAGUAAUUCUCAGUUAUGUUCUCUUUUCAUAUAUGUACAGUUAUAAAAUAGUCAAGCUCUUGCUGUUGUCAUUCACACAUUUAGCAACUCUGUUUUGCAAACCUGCUAGAAUUUGACAUUAUGCAGUUUGCUCACAACAAAAUUGGCUGACUUGAUUUUGUGAUUUUGGUCAUGUGGGCUCAUUAAACUAAAACUUACUAUAUUCAAGUCCAGGUCACAUGUUGGAUACCUUGCUGAGGUCAACCCUAAAUAUUUUCACCUGUGGUCUACCCAUAUUCCUGAAUUCAAAUUCAAACUUGACUGCAGAAGUGGUGACUUAAAAAUUCACAAUAGGGGAACAGUUUAUCUGAGAAGAAGAAAUGGAACUUGUUAUUCUUGCUUAAUUCUCUGCUUUGCUCACUGAAACUCCAUUAUCCUGACUCACUGCUGCUUAAUUUAAUGAUAGGAUGAAAGUUAGAUUUAGAUGAAAGUUGGAUUUACUUUCAUUGAUCACUUGUUCAAUGAAAGGACCCCCCUUUUCUCCCUAGAGUUUCUAGUACACCCAUGACCCAAGUGCAGUAGUCACUACAGGUAGUAAUUUACUGAUCAGUAUCUUUUUGUAGUAUUAAAGGAUCCAGACACCUUACCUGUACAUGAGUAGCAGGAGGCACAAGGAAGCAGUUGCUGCUCCUGUCCUUUGCUCAGUGAUUAGUCAUACAGGACAAGCAGGAAGGGGAAACAAGCACUGUAAAACAAACCUAUAGUCACAUACAGAAAGACACUGUGUUUCUAUUAGAAGAACUUUUGCUGCAUGAAUAAGCUAUUUUCAGAAGCAUAAAAAACCUUUGGAAGUAGUAAGGAUAUACAUUUACUAGUAAUACAUCUUUAGGAAAGUUAAGCAAGUUUAAGGAAGGGCUUCUUAGGCGUAUUUUGAAUGCUUAUAUACCUUAGCUAAUUUGAGAAACUUCUGAUUAGAACUGUUGCUUCUAUACUGAAAAAAGGAAGUCAGGAGUAUUUGGAAAAAAACAACAAGUGAAAUAAGUAUCUUUAACAGACCUGAGAGGCUUUAUUUACCAAGUUUAAGCUUUUGAGCAACUGUCAGGAACAUGCUCCAAAUGAACACAUGUAAAAUGUUCAAGAAUAUUGACACGGCUGAAAAAAACUUCUUAUAAUAAUAAUAAACUUUCAUUUAUGCAGUCUAAAUAUGACAGACUGAGUCAACAGAAGCGUUUAGCCCACCAGACACAACAAGCUGGAUUUUAAUAGGGAAACAGAAAUUCUUUGGAACAGACUUUCCAUACAUCAAGUAGGAUCAUUAUGGUAGCUUUCAUUUCCUUCAAGGCAAGUGCUAAGGUAUACUCCCAUCUAUUAGAGCAGACAUGCAAUAAGCAGUACCUGCCCUGCAUCUUAAACACCAUUUUUCUUCACUCCUAUCUAGUCACAAAACAUUUCUGCAGUAAGGUGCUCUGAGUUGCUUGGUUGAUAUUUGCAGAGCUGAAUAUUCAUCAGGAGAGAUAACAGUCAUUCUUGCUUUACUUAACUGUCCUACCCAAUAGAAUAGUAUUAACUUCCUGUCUCCUUUUACAUAAAGUAUAGGCAAGAAAAUGGAUUUCCUUUGGGGAGUGAGGGAAAGAACAGGAUAAUCCUUCCUGGAGUCUUUUAUAUUUUGAUGAGCACACUCUUUUACAAAGUAAUAAACAUCUAUUAAAACAGUGCCAUUAAGGAUCAGACAGCAUUACAGUUACUAGUUCCUCUGGAAUUGUUCAGAUUAGUGAUUCCUUGAAUGCUUCCCACUGAUUCUGUGAUAGAGAGCAGCUGUUAGUAUGAACUUUUUUCAGUGCUGAAAUGCAGUGCUCUCCUGCAGUUUAGUUCCUAAUGCAAACAACUAUGCCUCUUCAUACUUUGUAUCAGGACUUAACACAAGCAACUACAACAUUAAUACAUUUGUAUUCUGCUUGUUUCUGCUUGUUUUCAAGCAAGUCACUCAAACAGGGUCAUUUUCUCUGGAGUUACUGAACGUGGAGCCUGCAUGCACAACAUCACCACUGAUACUAGUUAAACAAAUAUAUUUUCUUGUUUGUGUGUGUCUUUGAUUUUGGGAUUUAAACACCGCACUACAGAAUUCCAAUUGAGCAUCACAACCCUAGAAGUUUUUUAUUUCUUUCUACAAAACAACCGCUUCAAUAGAAGACAAAAAUCCCAUUAUUUUCUCUGUAUCUUAAGCAAGAGGUGAAAGAGGUUUUGAUCUCCCUUUUUUGAUGAUAGAUUUGUUUCCUCAGCACAUGUUCAAACUAGUAGAUUACUAGAUAAAAGCUAGGCUGCCAUACCACAGAAUAGUGUGGUGACAAAAUAAUUUAAAUUUAAUUUAUACUAGACAUGACUUUUCCUAAAGCCUUGCCAAGAUCCUGAAACUGGGUGAAACAAAAUCAAUCUACUCAAAUCAGAGUGUACAGGAAGAAAAGAGGAAACCAUGUAAGACCUUUUAGGUUAACCCAGAAAAAUGGGUAAUAUUUCUUUUUUGUCUGUUUUGUUGUGUGUUUGUUUGUUUGUUUUUCGGGGGGCGGGGGGGAGCAGGGGGGAGUUGGAAUAUAAUUUUUUAGCACUUAGAUGUCUGCUUUCAAGGAAGCAUGCAACAGUGAAAGCAAAGAUAACAGACUCUCAAAAACAUAUAAUUACACUUGACUUGUUAUGCCAAUGCAGAAAGCAUAAUGCAAAAUAAGCCCUUUGUAGAUAUAUAAUAACAACAGUAAAAGUCACACUUUCAUUACCAGGCUUACUUUGCCCCAUGUGCAAUCCAUUACUCCUUUGCCUCCUUCCUGUAGAAUAGCCCAACCUACUGUCAGGUAGCCCAGCUGCUUUAGCACCCAACACCUUAAUAAGCCUGAGCAGAUUUGAUUUCUAGAUUAAGACAAAAUAUACCAGUAACCUAUUUUUUCUGUCUCCCAAAGGAAACUAGUCUUCAACUUACAGAACACCUAACUAUUUAGAAAUAAACAUUUUUACUUGAAGGAAAACACAUUUUACAGUGAAGACUGUCAGGUAAUAGAGAAGACCCAUAAUUAAGUCCUCCUGAUUAUUUUUUUUUCUCCAAAUGGAAUGAGAUGCUCAUCUGAGGGGCCACUAUGCCCAAGUACAAUUUUACAUUUAAGUUUUAAAGUAAAUCUUGAUUUAGCAAGCAAGUUUGUUUACCAAAACAAACAAACAAACAAACAAAAACCCCCAAAAGCCAAUAAAAACCCAAACAAACAAAACCAGACCAAAACAGAGCAGAACAACCAGUCAAACAAAAGCAAACCUGAAAGAGAAGUAAGUAUCUGAAAUGGGGUUAUCAUGAAUACAACUUUCUUUCCAAACUGACCUGCAGUCACUAAAAUUAUGAAGCUAGGCAGCUAUAGCAAUUAAGGUAAUGUGCUGUGUUGGAAAGAUAAGUUCUCCAGUUUUUCUCAGAGAAUUCUUAAAUAGGAGAUAAAAAAUAUGUUAGCUAGAAACCUAUUAGAGUAUCUUGAAUGUUUAAAAUUGUCUGAAAUGAGGAAUCAGAAUAUUCUGAGAGAUAGUGAAAGCACACAAAGUAUUUAAGACCAUUUAAGGAAAAAAAUAGAGAAAAAUCUCUAAUUUUCUCUAAAUUAGAGAAAAAGCUCUAGUUUAUUUUCAGUGAGAGUUAGACUCUUCAGCUAUUUUAGUAUUUUUAAUUGGGAAAUGCUUUACAGGUGCCUAAAUGUCACACUUGAAUAUAUUUGAAAAUAUGAUAGAAAAACAUGGAUCCCAUAGGACCAGGAUUUUAUACCUAUGUAAUUUGGCUCCACCAUUAAAGGUACAUUGAUGUAUAGUAACUGAAAUAUCUCUUAACAGAAAUAACAGGGAAGACUUGCCUGAUAUAACAUGAACAUACAAAGUAGAGGAAAAAAUAAGAUUAAAAAGUGACUUAACUAUACAGACCUUUCAGACUGAAAUAAAGUUUAUUUUCUGACUAGCAGCAAAUGAAAAGAAAAGAAAAGAAAAGAAAAGAAAAGAAAAGAAAAGAAAAGAAAAGAAAAGAAAAGAAAAGAAAAGAAAAGAAAAGAAAAGAAAAGAAAAGAAAAGAAAAGAA